UCAUCGCGUAGUGCCGUCGCGGCGCAGUUUAUAGCAUGCAACCCCUUCGGUUUUAAGCGAUCUCCAAAGGAGCCGCGCAGCCAUGGGAGUCCAUUACCUCAACCAUGCAAUUUCCACCAUCAAUAAUUUAAUCUAUUUGCUCCAAAGCUGAAGAGAUAUCCUGAAGCUGUCGGACAGUACAGGGAAAAUAUAGCCUAAGUAAUUACAUAGGGGGUUGUCCAAAACAUCCCAGAUGACACUGUCCUGUUGAAUGGUCUCCUUUACGACUGGGCAGUAAAAGAUCCACCAGGUUAGAAGAGUGAUGACCAUCCUGUUCCUUACUAUGGUUAUUUCAUACUUCAGUUGCAUGAGAGCUGCUCCCAUGAGAGACGCCCCGGGUAUGCGGAGCCACCGAACGGAAGGCUACUUGGGUGCUGCAGUGACGGUCGGCCAGGGCCACGGGACUCCACAGAGCGGGGGUGGGCCGGGCCAGCAUGGGGGACUGCCCUCGCUCACAGACACGUUUGAGCAGGUGAUUGAGGAGCUCUUGGAGGUGGAUGGAGAAGCAGCUCAGCUGGGGCCUGGGGCUGACAAGGGCCAGGGAGGAGGGGGUCCUUCCUCUGUGGUCACCACGGAGACCAAGGAUGUUGACCUGUAUGCAUCGCGGGUGAUGAUCAGCAACCAAGUGCCUUUAGAGCCACCGCUGCUUUUUCUCCUGGAGGAAUACAAAAACUACCUGGACGCCGCUAAUAUGUCCAUGAGGGUACGGCGGCAUUCUGACCCGUCGCGGCGUGGAGAGCUGAGUGUGUGUGAUAGUAUUAGCCAGUGGGUGACAGCUGUGGACAAAAAGACAGCAAUAGACAUGUCUGGGCAGACCGUUACCGUCCUGGAAAAGGUCCCUGUCCCCAAUGGCCAACUGAAGCAAUACUUUUAUGAGACCAAAUGUAACCCUAUGGGGUACACAAAGGAGGGCUGCCGUGGAAUAGACAAGAGGCAUUAUAACUCCCAAUGCAGGACAACCCAGUCCUACGUGCGAGCGCUCACCAUGGAUAGCAAAAAGAAGAUUGGCUGGCGGUUUAUAAGGAUAGACACAUCAUGUGUAUGCACAUUGACCAUUAAAAGAGGAAGAUAGUGUAUAUAAUGUAUAGAUUUUAUUGAGAGUUUAAAAAAGAGAGUAAAGAGAAAAUAUCUAUUUGUAUAUAUACAUAACAGGGUAAAUUAUUCCGUCAAAUGAAAAUUUUAUGGACUGCAUGUAAAAAAAGAUGAAGUUUAUACAGUAAAAGUGAUACUACAGUCUAUUUAUUGAACAUAUUCAUGACCUUGUAAACAAUUAAAAAAAGAUCUGAUCAGUCAUUUGCGCCCAGUUUAAAUUACUAUAUCACAUUCCUCAAGACAUUGUGGUUUGUUUACGUUGCCAAGAAUUUGAGAAAGAAGGAAAAGAGUGAUGAGGAUGAGGGAGAGGGUGAGGACGAGUUCCAUUAAAAAAAACUUGCAUGCUGCUUCAAUUGUGAAUUGAGAAUUUGUCCACCUAAGAAAAAAGGAUAUGAUACCGACCAAAACAUUCCGUUUACAUACUCAACAGUAAGGGUUUCCUCCUCAGUACUUUAUCUGUUUACUGUUCUAAACUUCUCAAGGUAAUGUUGGAAUUACAUACUAUGUCAAGGUGCUGUUGUCAAAGCUUUGCUGUUUAUUUUUUUAUCCCCACC